AUGCAUGAAUCUUCAAGUUCAAUGACUUCAUCGUCAUAUAAUGACCCUUCUGAAUCUCCAAGCAGCUGAAAACGAAGCCAAACUCUUAAAGAUAUCAAAAUAAAUCUCCACCAGCCCGCUGAUCUUGAAAAAGCAAAAGAGUAUAGAUUAAAAACAUCAAUUUCUAAAUGAAAUGGAAACAUUCCCAGGCAGCACCGCAUAUGCUCAACUACAGCUGAAGACCUAGGAGAAUAUGGUGUAGGCCUUGAAUUGCAUUUUUUAUUUCUAAAACAGCUUAUUUUUGCAUUUUUCAUUAUAAGCUCAAUUAGCAUUUGGCCUUUAUAUACUAAUUGAAAAGGAGGAUAUUUAGAGGACCAAGAAGCAAAUUCGUAUACAGAUCCUUUUUCUAUUGCAAAUUUGCAUGGAAUUUCAAGUAAUGAAACUGUUUUGUCAAAUGCAAAAGAUUUGCAAGGUGAAAUUGAUCGAGACUAUUUUGAUAUUUGGGUGAGUGAUACUAUGUACACUGCUUCUUUUAUUCUGAUGAUUUUAAUUUUUAGUAUACAAGGGAACUCCAGGAUCAAAAGAAAUAAUAAAAAACAUGACAGAGUCUCUGACUAUGCAAUAAAAAUCAAAGGAAUUCCAAGAGAAGGAGUCACAGAAGAAGAAAUAAAAAUUCACUUUGAGCCUUAUGGAGAAAUAAUCGAAAUUUAUUUGGGAAGACGCUAUAAAGGCUUGCUUCGCUAUUUUCAUAAACGCUCUAUUAUUUUAACCAGGAUGGCGACCAGGGACUCAUUAUUAACUUUUAAAAACAAGGAAAAGGAAAACGACAAAUUGCUUAAAAAACUAACCAAAAGACUGAAGAUUUUAGACAGCAAUAUAAUAAAGAAAAGCCAAGACAUCGUUAGUCAUGAUUUUUUGCCAAUAAAAACAGUUUUCAUUAUUUUUAGUACGAGAGAAAGCAAAGUAAAAUGUUUAAAAGCAUAUAAUGGAAGUUGCUUCAGGUCUUAUAACAAAAAUUUGCUUUUUCAAGGCAAAAAGUUAAAAAUUACUCCUGCGCCUGAACCUUCAGAUAUUAUAUGAGAAAACCUUGAAAUCGGCAAAUUUUCAAGGUUCAUGAGAAUAGUUGUGUCAAUUAUAGCCGCAGCAUUGCUGAUGCUAUUUUCAGCUGGAGCUUUAAAUUACCUUAAAACUCAAGAACAAGCAAUACCAAGUACGAGUAAAUGUUAUGACCUGAACGGUAAUUAUGAUAUUUCACUUAAAGAGGCAGAGGACACUUAUAAAGAUAGCACUGAAAUUUUAUGUUGAUGCAAAAUGCAAGGGUGGAGUAAUUUAAUUACUGACUCUGAAAAAGCCUCAUACUGUUCAUCUUAUAUGGAAAAGUGGGUAUUUCAAGAAAGUAUCAAAUAUCUUGCAAGUUUUGGAGUCAUUGUCAUCAAUUUUUUCUUGAAAUUUGUAUUACGGAAGCUCACAUAUUUUGAGAGACUGAAAAGUCUGAGCGAGCUCCAAAAGAGAAUCAUGAUAAAAGUAUUUUUUGCGAUUUUUAUAAAUACUGCUAUCAUCACAUUAAUUAUCAAUAUCACUUUCCCAUUGUUUCCUUCCUCAAAUGAAUAUAUAUUGAGAGGAAAAUACCAAGACUUUUCAAGGGACUGAUACUUAAAAGUGGGCUCAAUAUUCGUUGCUAUGAUGCUUAUAAGUAUUUUUUCUCCUCAUGUGAUUUAUUUAAUGAUUUUUUAUCCAUUGGGAAUGAUAAAGAGAAAAUGCUGCUGAAAAAGGUAUGCUACACAGUAUGAGCUGAAUUUAGCAUAUCAAGGGCCUGACUAUGAUAUAGCAACAAGGACAUCUCAGGUGUUGAACCUUGUUUUGACUUGCUUUUUGUAUUCAGGAGGAAUGCCCAUUUUAAAUAUUAUCUGCUUUAUUGCGUUGAUUUGUAUAUAUUGAACAGAUAAAUUUCUGAUAUUGAGGCAUUUCUCUCGUCCUCCUAAAUAUACAGGAGAAAUUUAUAUAUCUGCUAUCAAAAUUUUGAUGGUCGGAGUUCUCUUGCAUUGCUUUAUAUCAGGGUGCAUGUAUGGAGCACCAGAUAUAUUUCCGAAGGGCUUUUAUAAGGAUGGAGAAUAUGUUCAAGCAGAUUCUAUUAACUUUAUUGACAGAUUUACAAUUCCAUCUGGAAUAUCAAUGAUUUUAUUGGGAAUUUCUGCGCUUAUAUUAUCAAUUUUUAUAUUAUAAAAAAAAGAUGUAUGAAAGAUAUACAACUAUUUCAAUUUAUAUAAUUAAUAGUAAAUUUAAGAAAAAAUAGUAAUAAUUACACAAACUCUGGAGCUUGAACUCUAGACGAAAUAAGAUAGAAAUGAAUUUUACAAGAUUCAUAAGCUAGGACAUUAAUAAAUUAUAAAUGGUAUGAACUUAUUGAAUUGACAACGUCCUCCAAAAAUAAUUAAUUUUUUUUGAAUAAAUGCCUGGAUAUACGCUUUUAUAACUCCAAGAGAUAAUUUAUUGAAAUUUCAGGGAUAGGAUCUUUUAUAAAUCACAUUCUCACGGUACUGUUUAUUUCAAAAAAUUUGGAACAUAGUGUAUGACUUCUAAAUAUUGAUGAUGCCGAAUAGUUAUUCAAUAAAAUAAGUGCACAGAAUUCAUACAAAUAGAACAUAAGUUUUGCGGCAAUCUUACUCAAGAUAAGAUAGCCUUCACAAUAUUUGCGAUUAAAAAUGCAAAAUAAUAAUUAUAAGAAACUGCACUUAAUAAACUACAUCAGGUUGAACUUUUGUAAAUUAUCAAUAAAAUUUAUGAAAUUUGCUUACUCCUCUCCUCUGUGAGUAAACAAAAAUUAAGUGCCUCAUGGAGUGAGACUAAAUUUUUUUUUAAUAAUUUAUAUUCUAUAAAUUUUUUUCGAAAUGAAAUCCAAACUCAUAAAAAUUGAGAAGUAAAAAUUAAUUUAUUUGUAAAAAUUUAUGUUUUAAAAUGCAAGUUAUUUAAAAUUAAGCAGAAUUAGCACGAGAUUUCAUUAUACUAUUUAUCACUUAUAUAUCAAGUAUUUUUUCAUAAAAAAUAUAAAUUCGCUCACGGAGCAUAUUUGGGCAAAACAUAUGGAUUUUUCCAAUAUUUUGCUUGCUCACGAAGUCGGGGAGUUAAGAAGACUUCAUUACAAUUUUGCAGAAACUAAAGAAUUCAGCACAUUUAACGAGGUUUUACCUGAGAUUAAAAAAUAUGGACUUGUUAGUUAUAAUGUAAAAUAUCAUCCUGUUUAUAGGUUACUUAUAGACAGCAUGGCUCAUGGCAACGAAUCUCAUUUCCAGAUGAAAAAUGCAGACUUGGCCAUAAAAAGCCAAGAUUUUAAUAUUGAUACUACAAGAACCUACUUACUCCCCCCCCCCUCGGUGAGCGAACAAAACCAUUAGAAAAAUCGCCAUUUUUUGACCAAAAACCCACCCUCCGUGAGUGUGAACAAAAAUUUUUUUAAUAGAAAACAUUUUAAUGGAAAAAAAUUUUGAUAUAUAAGUGAUAAUUAGUAUAAUGAAAUCUAGAGCUAAUUCUGUUUAAUUUUAAACAAAUUGCGUUUUAAAACAUAAAUUUUGCAAAUUAAAUUAAUAUUUGCUUCCCAAUUUUUGCAAAUUAGGAUUUUUUUAAAUUUCGAAAAAAAUAUUUUUUAUAAAAUUUAUAUAUAUAAAUUUUUUUAAAAAAAAAAAUUAACCCCCCUCCGUGAGCGAACAAAAUUUUUUUGUUCGCUCACGGAGGGGGGGGGGAGUUAGAAGAAAACAGUGCAGGGAUUACCCAAUAUGAUUCUCCUAUUAAGAAGCAAAAUAGUAUAGAAGACGAAGAUGAAAACUCUGAAGGGGAAGAAGAAGAAGAAAUAAAGGUGGACAGAGAAGAAGGGCUAAUGAGAAAAUUAUCAAUUAGAUCUGAAGAGAGGGAAUUUAGUAGAAAAUCAUCAAUUAGGUCAUCAAGAGGAAGCUAUGUUGAAAAUGAGAAGCAUGAAAAAAUAAGAAUAGUGGAAGAUGAUAAAGGAGAAAACAAAAGUAAAAAUCAUGGAAAAAAUAUCUCAUCAAUUGAUGAGAGACUGCAAAGGAGAAGGCGUAGAAAGCAUUAA